UGACUUUGACGACCAUAAAGCUGUAGACGAAGAGCCGAAGGAUGUAGUGAAAGUAGUUGAAGACACAAAACCCGAUGAAAUGGAAAACGAAGACCAACAAAAGGACCGAGUCAUGCCGGCCGUCGUUGUUCCCAUAGAAGAACGCGAACCCGAGGUCGAUCUGGCAAAACUCGCCGUUAUAAAUUCACCCGAAGAAGAGCUGCAAAAAAAUCAACUGUUCGAGAAAUAUCAAUUCAAUGGCCUGCUCAGCGAUCGAAUUGGCUAUCGACGGAAGAUUCCGGAUUCGCGACAUGCACUAUGUCCUCACACCUUCAAGUCAUCACUGCCAAAGACAAGCAUCAUCGUCUGCUACUUCAACGAAUCUCCAUCCGUGCUUAUUCGAAUGGUCAACUCAAUUAUCGAUAGGACACCACUUGAACUGAUCCAAGAAAUUUUGCUCAUUGACGAUAGCAGCGAAUGGCCCGAUGCAUCACUACAAGCGGCUGAUUAUCAGAAGAAACAUCCACAAUGGAAUAUGGUGAAGUUUUUGAGAACACCAACCAAUCAAGGUCUUAUUCGAGCUAAAGUCUUCGGAGCGCGGAAAGCGCGUGGAGAAGUUUUGGUCUUCCUCGAUAGCCACUGUGAAGUCAACCAAGAAUGGCUGCAACCAUUACUGGAACGUAUCAAGGAAAAGCCUGAAAGGGUUGUGUGUCCUAUCAUCGAUAUCAUUGAUUUGGAUACCAUGAAGUAUGUGGAAUCGCCUGUCUGCAAGGGUGGACUGAACUGGGGACUCACUUUCAAGUGGGACUACCCGCCACACAUCUACUUCUUGGAUCCUGAAAAUUACAUUCGUCCACUAAAAUCUGCGACUAUGGCUGGAGGCUUGUUUGCUAUAGAUCGAAAUUACUUCUUCAAAAUUGGCACUUAUGAUGAGGGAAUGGAUGUAUGGGGUGCAGAGAAUGUUGAGAUAUCGUUUAGGAUAUGGAUGUGUGGAGGAGAGCUUGAAAUCAUACCAUGCAGCCGAGUUGGGCACAUCUUCAGGCGGAAGCGACCAUAUGGCCUUGCAUCAGACUCGAUGGGCAAAAAUUCCAUAAGAGCUGCUCGCGUUUGGAUGGAUGAAUAUAUCACGGAAUUCUUCAAAGCUCGACCAUAUCUAGCAAUGAAGACAGAUUAUGGAGAUAUCAGUGAUCGAUUACAGUUAAGAAAGAAUCUGCAGUGUAAAUCUUUCAAAUGGUACCUCGAGAAUAUCUACCCAGAACUCCUUCCUAAUAAUAUUCCUCAAAAAUACGAAAUCAUCGAAAAACCUGCACAGUUUGGAAAGAAAUAUCAGAUUCGGCUUGCAAAUAGUACGUUGUGCCUGUCCGCAGAAUCCUCACAAGGACGAAUACAACGAGGCGCGAGAGUCGAACUGAGAGCUUGUCAUGGAAAACGAGAGCAACAAUGGCGAUGGAAUGAAAAUAAUGAGUUCCGUCCUAUGGGCUCUUCUCGAUUAUGUCUGGACUCGCUAAAAGGUGUUUCGCUGCUGAAAUGCCAUAAUCAGCUCGCUCAUCAGGAAUGGAAAAUUACGCGGACUGGCAAGUUCUACAAUCCAUCAGUGGGCAAAUGCAUUAAAGCCGUGGAUGAAAUGAUGUCGCUAGCUACGUUGCAGUUUUGCUCUCUUGCUAGCAACUUCGUCAUCGAAGAAGUCACUGUUGUAUAGAAGUGAAUAGCUAUAACGAGACAAAGACGGGUUUAAGAGUUACCCAUUGGGAAAUAUGAGCAUUAAUACCCUCUGUGAGUAGUCUAACCAUGAUUUGGAAGCACCUCUUAUCUAAAGAGACUACAUUACAACAGCUUAUUUCGUUUACGUCCUCCCUUUUGCAUACUAAGUAAUAUAUGUGCGGUUGUUAGCAUAAUUGUUACGUCUUGAGCCAUAUGUGAUAUUGAAAUUGAAUGCGUAUGUAAUAUAGUCUAUCUAUACAAUGUGAUCCCAAUGAUCGAUAUCUUUAUAGCCUAAUUUUAUGCAGCCUUAUCAGAUGUCUAUAAUUCUGCCGAUGGGUAAUUUGGUCGACGUGUAUACUUGUUGUUUUCUUUAUUUCAUAUCCUCCAUCUUGUUAUUGUUGCCUCAUGAAUGAACAUCAAACGCGUU